AACAGAAAAUGCCCCCGCCACCACCACACAACGCCACUGUACAUGUUAACCGGUGGCGAACCGCAGCACCUCCAGGCACCGCUGCCGGAGCCGAUCCACCAUGACCCCUCGACAACGCCUAGAGUCCUAUCGAUUCUAUCCCACGUGCUGGAAAAGCUGGUGGCCCGGAAUGACCAGUUGAGCAGCGGCGGCGAGGGUGGGUCCGCCGGGUGGGGGAAGAACCUGAGCGCGUUCCACGGCGUCCGGCCGCCGGCGAUCAGUCUGGAGAAGUACGUCGAGAGGAUAUACAAGUACACGAAGUGCAGCCCGUCGUGCUUCGUGGUGGGGUUCGUGUACAUAGACCGGCUGGUGCAUAAGUAUCCGGACUCCCUUGUUGUGUCGCUCAAUGUUCAUAGGCUACUCGUCACCAGUGUUAUGGUGGCUUCCAAGAUUCUUGAUGACGUGCAUUACAACAACGCAUUUUAUGCCCGGGUUGGAGGAGUGAGCAAUGUAGAACUGAACAGGCUCGAACUAGAGUUGCUUUUCCUGUUGGAUUUCGGAGUCUCUGUCAGCUCCCGAGUCUUCGAGAGCUAUUGCCAGCACCUGGAGAAGGAAAUGCUGUGCAACGGUGUCGUUGAACGGCCCGCCAUAACCCACACCGUCGACGAUGUUACUGAGAUCUCUGUCGAAGAUACACAAACUUCUUCACCACCCCAGUUGGUUUAGUUUGAUACUCUUUAAUUACCCAAUUUGGGCCCUUUUCUUUAUUUUUAUUUUUUUUAAUUGUUGUUUCAGUUAAAUGCAAUUUAUCUUAUUGUGAUAUGAGAAAUGAGAAACAAAAAAUAUAUCUGUUAAAAAAAUUAA